UGGCAUGAGAUGGUCCUUAAAUAUGUGCACCAGUCUAACAAUACUCGACAUCAGCCUUUGUUUUUAAUUGCGUUUGAUGGGUAGUACUUGUGAGACGUGCUUAGUCUUUGGAAAAUACCUAGGCAUGUAGCCGGCAAGCUAACCACUCAGGCCUCGUUCGUGGCAAUUAGCUUCAGGCUAACGAAGCGAACGGGUGGAGAGAGGGGAGUUGUCAGCAAACAAUACCCUGCUAUAUUCACAACUGUGGUACAAUUUCGGCCUCAGAUUACGGUGUGGCCUUCCGGGUUUCUACUGCCUCUCCCAUUCCCUGAGGAUGUUGAGUUCUAUAGUAGCUAACGUUAGCUUUUGAACCAUAAAGACGAAGCACAUUUGCUUCGAUCACAACUGCGAUGAUGCCACACUUUAGCGCCCUGGAAACUGCUCGUAUGACAGACUCAUAAACAUCAUGGCAUGGUAAUGAAGCCGAAAACGUGUCUGUCAUAUGAUGCAUGCAUUAACAGGACAGCACUGUGUGUAUGGAUGACAGGAGAGAAGUCAUUUCUGGUGCACUUGACAGUUUCAAAGUCUUGUCCCCAGUCUUCCCCACUCAAGAGUGUUGCUUCAUCUCAGAGACUAAAUGCAACUGGACCAGGGGUCUUGUGGGCAUGAAGUGGCUGGGCGAAUCCAAGAACAUGGUAUUAAAUGGCAGACGACAUGGAAACAAGUUGACUGGCGAGCAGACUGUGAGCCAGAGCCAGACUCGUUCUCAGCAUCCACAACGUGCAUCUCUGCGCCACAACAAGAGCCACACCAGAAACCGAAGAUGUAGCCGCAGAUUUAAUGCAGCCAGUCUGGAGGCAGAAAGGCGCUAUGUGCCCUCCUCUGGAAUGACUGCCAAGGAGUUGUGUGAGAAUGACGAUCUAACCACGAGCCUCAUCCUGGAUCCAUAUCUGGGCUUUCAGACACACAAAAUGAACACCAGAUUUCGACCUAUUAAGGGAAGGCAAGAAGAGCUGAAAGAGAUAAUUGAGCGCUUCAAGAAACACGACAACUUGGAAAAAGCUUUCAAAGCUUUGACAUCAGGAGACUGGGCUCGAAAUAUAUUUCUCCACAAGACGAAGGCUCAAGAAAAGCUCUUCAAGCAGCAUGUGUUUGUUUAUCUGCGCAUGUUUGCUACAGACAGUGGGUUUGAGAUUCUUCCUUGUAACCGUUACUCAUCUGAGCAAAAUGGAGCUAAAAUUGUGGCAACGAAGGAAUGGAAAAGAAACGAUAAGAUUGAGUACUUGGUUGGAUGCAUUGCUGAGCUCUCAGAGAGUGAGGAGAACUUACUGCUGCGGCAUGGAGAGAAUGACUUCAGUGUCAUGUAUUCGACCCGCAAGAACUGUGCGCAGCUGUGGCUUGGACCAGCUGCAUUCAUCAAUCAUGAUUGUCGGCCAAACUGCAAGUUUGUGUCAACAGGUCGGGACACAGCUUGUGUAAAAGUUUUAAGGGACAUUGAGCCAGGAGAAGAAAUCUCGUGCUACUAUGGAGAUGGGUUUUUUGGGGAAAACAAUGAAUUUUGUGAAUGCUAUACUUGUGAAAGACGAGGUACUGGUGCUUUCAAAUCCAAAGCUGGACUGCCAGUGGAAGUACCGGUGAUCAACAGCAAGUACGGAUUGCGGGAGACAGACAAGCGCCUCAACAGGCUGAAGAAGCUAGGGGAGGGAAACAGGACCUCAGACAGUCACUCUGUAGGCUCGCACACCGAUGUAGACUCUCAGGAAAUGCCAAAAACACAUCAGUCUGCCAGAAAAAGAACAUCAUCGUCGUCAUCAUCAUCUGGCCUGAAGUAUAAAAACAGGACUCAAACCAGACAGACUUUGUCAAGAGCCCUUACUACCUCAUGUUCAAAACAAGGUCGUGUAAACAGGGUACCAAAGAGACUAAGAUCCCAAUCUAAGCCUUCACUAAGUAAAGUCCAGUUGCGAAGUCGGAAGAGGGUUGCAGAGCCCAAGGCACUGGCCAAACGAGAGACCUGCCAGUUGGGUCUCACGGACUCAAAGAUGUCGCUGUGUAAAGGCGUCACUGUAAAGAAGGAGAAGGAUGGGGAGGAGCUGGUGCAGCAGACACUGGGCCAGCAAGGCUAUCUGACACGUCAUACUGCCAAGGAAAAUGGCCACCUUCCAGCUGUGCAGAGCAGCGAAGGCAGCCAGUGUUCGAUGUACAGAACUCGCAGGUCCACAAGGACCCUUGUAAAAGCUCGGGAAACAGCAUCUGGUGUUAAGCUAGAGCCCAGCGCCAUGGAUGGUUUGAGUCCAGUCCCUGGUGGGGUGGUCAUCAAAACAGAGCCAGCUGACAUGGAGGAGUACCUCCACCACGGAGUUGAGCUAGAGCAUCCAUCGUUAGAUGCUGGCUAUGCCAGAAGACGCUCAAGCACCAGGCAGAAACGGCCAGCACGGCUCAGGACCGAGCGGACAAUUAAAUGCGAAGACACAUAUGGGGAGUCAUUCACGCAAGUGGUUGGCAGCCAUGCUGCAGAUUUCUCAGAUUGUGGAAAUAUGCUUUUGAGCUUUGCUGACCAACAUAGAGACUACAAUUGCGUCACCCAUGGCAGCAAAUCUUUCCACCGGGACAAGGGAAAGGGUAGUUGCCGGUCUCAGGACAAGGGGAAGAAGAAGCGUCGGAUCACAAGAUACGAUGCUCAGUUGAUCCUAGAGAAUAACACAGGCAUCCCCAAACUGACGCUCCGCCGGCGGAGGGAUAGCAGCAGUAGCAAGACCACUGACCCCAACGAUCCUGUUGGCUCCUCCCAUCUUUCUGCAUCUACGGUCAAUUCGCCUUCUUCGAGCAAAAUUAGCAUCAAGUUCAGCAAGGAUCAUGACAAGGAUAAAGGCAGCUCCUACAUCGCCAAACUGAAUAACGGCUUUGCCCCUGUGGUCCACAGCAAUUCCACCAAGCUGAAAAUCCAGUUGAAGCGGGAGGAUGAUGCACGAAGACUAUCACAGACAAAGGUGGACCAGAUUUCCUUUAAUGGAGACAUGAGUCAAGGUCUAGAGACCAGGAAUGGCGGACAUCUGACCCAAAAGGUCCUGGCAGACCCUUCGUCUGACGAUGAGGACAAGGAAGGGGAGGAUGACGAUGACUACUUUGAUAAUGAGUUUGAAGACGAUUUCAUUCCACUUCCUCCAGCAAAGCGGCUCCGACUCAUUGUGGGUAAAGACUCCAUAGACAUUGAUAUCUCCUCCAGGAGGAGAGAGGAUCAGUCUCUGAGGCUCAAUGCAUAAGCGGUGGACUUUUCCCUGUAAAUAUAGACGACCUGCUAAUCAACUGUUGUGUUGAUGUAAAAGAAGUACAGUAAUUUAAAAAGAGAGAGAGAGAGAAAUUGAACGUUAUUAGAGGGUGCUGUUAACUUGAAACAAAUUUGUUGUUCACUCUGUCACUUUAUUUCAUAUAAAGACCAACCACCCAAAAUAUUGAUUAAUGGAAAUUUUACGAGUCCAUCCCGUGAUAGGAAUCUUUCUCAUUUUUGGGAAUAAUCUAGCUGGCUCCUAAGUGAAAACAGAAUUUGUUUUAAGCUAAACUAUUCCUUUAAGUAAAUGCACUUGUUUAUUCAUAAUGGACGUGGAUAUUGUAGAAAGUGUACAGUAUGGUGAUUAUUCCUCUCUGUCUCAUAGGCAGGUAUUUUACUGAACUUUUGGUUUUUGUCUUUUGUUGGUAAGUUUCAGUAGGCAAACUGCACUGAAUGAACAGUGUGGAGUGGUUGGUCCAGAGGCAUUGUAACAUCAUCCAGACAGUCCUUUAGGAUGCAGGUGCCAUGUUCUCAUUAUUUCAGUAGUUUUCCUGGGAAAGAAUGUCUUUUUUCAGAGUAUAAUUUAAGUUCAUCAUGUGUAUGUAUGUAUAGAAUUGAAUUAUGAUGUUAAAUUUGGGCUAUCAUGAGCUUAUCCACAGGAACAGUUUUCAUUUAUGGUAUAUCAGGUAGGUAGAGCCUGAUCGAUCCUUAUACUAAAUUUUUGCUACCCAAAAAUUCAGUAUUACAUGCUUAAAUACAAAUAGCAAGUGAGUUGUAUUGGAAGAGGGACAUGCAUUAGUUUAAAGUGAAAAAUUAAUGAAAUGUCAAAAGUUCCUCUUGUGGUAAUAUGAUUCCGACUCCAAAAGUUAGUUAAUCUCUGUGGACUCCCAUGAUAAAAAGUGUUACACAGUUGAACAAUUACACAUUUUACAGCCGAGUUUUGGUAGCUACCUUGGGAGGUUAUUACUUCCUUCGUAACAACUGUGUGACUCUAGAUUUUGUUCAAGUCUUUAUCGACUUAAGAUUAUGCAUCACUCUUUGUAUAACUGAUAGUUAGUGCUACACUCUCAGUCUGCAGGAUGUCACCUCAGGUGAUUGAAGUCACAGAACUGGAUCUCUUGUCUGUGUUUUUUGUUGUCUGUCUUAGUACAAAAUGUUUUUUUGUUUUUUUUUUGAGUGGUUAUUUUUCUGAGAAGUCUGUUCUCCAGGUUUAGGGUGUCGGAUUCCUGUGUUUUUGUGUUACUCAGUACUAAUGUGCAGGAACAGGUGCAAUACACCUUUCUACCAAACAAAGCUAGCAUUAGCUGUUAACAUAGCACUCCAGCCACUCAUUCUCAUAUGGUCACUUCUGGCUAGAAACAAACAAACAAAAAAAUAAGUAAGUAAGUAAAGCAAGCCACAAUGCAAAUGCUGAGGCUUUAAAUAAACUUUUAUAUUUAGUCUAUAGUAAUUCACAAAGUAGUUAGCAACUUGCAGUAGAGGCACCCCACCAUUUUUCCCCCGCUGUGAUGCUACUUUGCUGCAAGUGAUAUGGACAGCAAGAGGAUCUUUUUUUUUUUUUUUUUUUUAAAUACAUGAAUAAAAAUGGAAGGAGGCGCUUUAGUGGAGAAAAUGUGAUGACACCUUUUCUAGACCUUUUUGAAUGAUUUCUUUCUGCGUUAUGUUCCUUUUUAGAAAGGUAUUUAUAUUGAGGCUUCUCAAACAAUAUGUGUGGAUCUACAAAAAGAUUUGUGGUAGGCUUAUAUAUUGGUCAGGUUCUGUUAUGUGUUGGAAACGACUGACAGAGUAAACAAGUAGUCCAGCUUUAGCAGCAAGGAACAUGCAUGUGUGUUUUUCAUUGUUCAGACAUUGAGCACAUUUCUUUUCGGUAAAUCCCUGUAGCCUAUUCAGUGAUGUAAAUACACACUUUAAGCAGCAUAAUUUUAAAAAAACAACAUCAAAAACAAUUUUAUAAUCCAGCAUACAUAAAAUUGUAUUCUUCAAAAAUUUUCAUUUCUGGAGCUACUCUGUAAUGGUAACAUGGCACAUGUGGUAGUUCAAGGUCAUUCAGAUCCACUUUUAAAGGCUACCAGUAUAUGCUUUUGAAAUCCGAAAUGUUAAAAGUAAUGUACAGAAUGACUGGCUUCCGUGUCACCGUUGAAUGAUGUUUUUCUCCACGCUCACUCUGUACUGUGAGAGUUUGUAAAAUCAGAAGUGAUGUCUGUUGACACUAGACUUUGCAGAGGAACCUUUCACUGUUUCAAAUGUUCUUGGUAUAGUACUGAGGCUUUCUUUUUUUUCUGUUUUUUUUUUUAUACAUUCUGUGGUGCUACUUUAAUUUCCUUCCCACCUGUUUGAUUUUAUCUUCCAUGUACGAAUGGCAGCAUUAACCUAGAAUUUAGAAAUACAGUGUAUCACUUAUAUGUUUAGUCACUUGUUGUUUUUUAGUUUCCUUUACAGGAGCACAUAUACUUUCCAACAGCAUUAGGUGCCUUAAAGAGCAUUUUGACACAUUUUGACAAAAUUUCUCACAUAGCUAAUCAUGAAAGAGUGUAAAUGCUAAGCCAUCUGCUUUUCCCAGAGAAACACUUCAUCAAAAGCCCACCGUCAGUCCUUCUGUAUAUUAUUUUCUUAUUGUGUGGAUGUAAAUGAACAGCCCAAGGGAUCAAGACUGAGACUCAAUGUUAAUCUUAUUUCCUGUGUUUAAUAUGUACUGUUGACAUCACCAGCAGCUAAUCACCAUUUUGACCAUGCUCAGUGUGGCCCCAAUAUCCCCUCCUUUGGACUUGUCCAUCCCACACUGUAAACUCUUCCAGGUGUUACCAUCUGUGUGGUCCUUGUCCAAUAGAAAGCUGUCACAAUAACCAGCUCACUCAAAAAGUAAAAAGAAAAACAUCUAAACAAAUGUGAAUAAUUUGCGGAAAUUUUUAGCUUGUUGCGUGGGUAGUGGGAAUCAUGUAAAGACAAAUAAAAAUGGGCAGUGCAUAUAUUGUCCAAUAUGUAAAUCAUGUGAACACAUCUUGUACUUAUUUAACAGUUUUGAAUACUUGAAAACUAUAUAAAGUUUCUUUGUGACUCUUG